AUGAGCACCCCACAAACCUACUAUUCCCAGGGCAGCCCAGGUCCCCCAUUUCUGUCCUGUGGUGCUCUCAGGAACCCAGCACUACAACUCCCAGCAAACUAUGAACUUGAUGGCCCAGCCUCUGGGGCAGCCAGCCCUUCAGGUGGCCCUGCUCUCCUACUCUGUCCCCACCACUGUCCCAGCUGUACAAGGAGCAAGAAGCAAGCCAUGCAGGAGACAAUGCCCUCAGGCUACAGCAAGCCGCACCUGGAGAAGCUGACCCUGGCUAUCAACUGCAUCCUAGAAUCUUUCCCAUGUGUGACAGGGGUGACUAUUAAAGAAAAACCACCUGCUGAACAUCACCUGAUUUCUUCAUGGGAACAGAAAAGUAACUAUGUGCUACCUAAGGAUGUGAAGAAUUUUUACCUGAUGACCAAUGGCUUCCACAUGACGUGGAGUGUGAAGCUGCAUGAGCACCCCAUUCCAUUGGGCAGCAUGGUAAUUAACAGCAUCUCAAAACUGACUCAACUCAACCAGUCUUCUGUGUAUUCACUCCCUAAUGCACCAACCGUGGCAGACCUGGAGUUUGAUGCACUUGAAGCCAGUGAGAACCAGCCGAAGAACCCACACAAAGCAUUAUACUGGCAUUUUCUCACAGAUAUCUUUACAUGCUCCUCCAUGCACCUGGGCCUGCUGCAGUGGCAGUAUGCCUUCAUCAGCUAUGGCAUUAGCUCACAGGCCAAGCAAUGGUUUAACACAUAUGAACCCAUCACCUACAACACAAACCUGCUCACAUCAGAUACCAAGUCCUUCAUGAACAAGCUAGAUCUCAGCAAAGUGUUCAAGAGCAAGAACAAGACCUUAAUCUCCCCAAAUAAAGGACCUGUUCAGCCUGCAGGUGGCCAGAAAGGGCCCUCAGGUCCUCCUUCCACCACUAAAUGCUUUCUUACCCCUGGAAACCCUGCCCAGAAAUAA